AUGAGCGGGCUGGGGCCGCAGCGGGAGCUGGAGGAGGCCGCCGCCCUGGAGCGCCGGCGGCGGCGGGAGCUGCUGCGGCGGGGCCGCAUCUUCAACGCACGGAUCCGCACCAUAGGGAUUGAUAAAGAUGCAUUGGAUGCACAGGUCAAGGAAAGGAAAAUUCAAGAAGCAGCUGAAAAAGCAGAGCAUGAAAGAUUUGCUCAUCACAUGAAGAAAAAUGACAAGCUCAUGUGUCUGCUAGAAGAACGCCAGAAAAAUGAAAUCAGAGACCUGAAUAGGGCUCUAACUGAGUUCCAUAAGAAUUUUCAGGGGCCAGAAACAAGACGUGAGUUUGACCUGAAUGAUCCACAAGCCCUAAAGAAGGACAGACCUGCUCGAGUCUCAGAUGAUGAUCCUCGCUGUACCAUCUCUGGCAUGCAGAAGUUUGUGGGUGAAGACUUAAACCAUGAUCAGAGGAUGAAGUUCCAAAAGGAGCAAAUAAGGGAGUGGUCUCUUCAGCAACAGAAAGACUUAAAAAAUGCAUUAGCUGACCAAAAAUUGGCAGAUGAUCUUUAUGACAAGUUUAGGAUUGAACUUGACCGAAAGAUUAUGGAAGAACAAAGGAAAGAAGAGGAAAGCAGGCGUGCUGUUUGUACAGCUACUAAAAAUUUCAAUAAAAUCCAGAUUGCUGAACUAGAUCACAAAAAUGAAUUGGAAAAGGCUCAAAAAAUGAAAGAUGAUAUGUAUGAAAUAACCUGCCUGCUUCGAGGAGAUUUCCUGUCUGAAAACCCAGACCAAGCAAUCGGUCCUGGGGGUGUGCUGGUGGAUCGAUGGAAGGGGAUGAACCAGGAGCAGCUGAUGGCAAUUCGUGAGUUCCAAAAGGAGCAAGUUCUGGAGAAACAGAGAGCCAGAGAGCAGGAGCGCCGAAGGGACGCGGAGUGGGACCGGCAGCGCGUGCAGGCUGCCAGGGCCCAGCUGCUCUGGGAGCGGCACCAGCAGCGCCAGGACCAGGUGCAGCGCCGAGACCUGGAUGCUGUCAAUGCAGGGCUCUCUCAGGAGCAAAAGGCAAAGAACAUAUAUCUUAAAGAGGAAGAGUAUUCAAAUAUUCCAACAGAGGAGUUUUAUGCACAGUUUAAUACAACCACCCGGUGAUGAUCUGGAUAAAUCAACCAGAAUUAUACAGAAGUAUGUAGACACAUUAAAAUUUUCAGUUGAGCAAUCCCAUUUUUUAUUGUUUUUAUC